AUGACGUCUGAUCGAGACGAUUUACUCAGAAACGAGUCCGAUGAUACAGUGUCCAGUACCGGACUCUCUGAAGUUGUUGUCGUGGAGUCGGACGAUGCAACUGCGAGUGAUUCUAACGAAUUUGGGGAUUGCGGAACUUUGAAAAGACUUUUCAAAAAGAGCGCUGACAUCCGAAGUAAAUUCAAAGAGGAAAUGGGGCAUGAGGAGGAAGGUCAAUGGCUUGUGCAGCCCAAACUUCCUUAUGUUGAAAUGGCUUGUGGUAGCAGCAUCAUUAAUCAUUAUUUAAUGCGGUGCGCUGCAGAAUUGGUGUUUGGACUUGCUAAUCUCUGGUUCGUCUUACUGGUCGACAACGAAGCAAUUCCUGAGAAUGUGUCUUGGUCAUUCGUGGCGUGUAGCUUCACCACUGCUCGUUACGGCAUAGCGUGCACUGUCAUCAGACCUAAAACUGUAGCAGUUGAGCAGGAGCACACGUCGUGUCGGUGGGGUGUAACCGCUCGUGCGCUCGAUCAUUGUUUGUCGAUUCACUUCUUUUUGAUGAAUGACGAACCUUUGUAG